AUGCGAGGUGUGCAAGGAGUUUCAAAGCAUCUGGUGUCGUCUUCAAGCAAUCCGCACCAAAAGGGGCGUCUACGGGUCAACCAGGUGAGCCGACCCCCCAGCAGUCACAUCACUCGCGUUGAUGAGGAACCCAGUGUCUCUGAUGGUCGCAAAUCGGGGGCUCGCUCGGUGGAAACGGUUGAUCGAGGGGUUGGGCCCACCCCCCUGCCCCCUCCACCCACAUCGUCGGGAUCCGAACCCAGGCUACCAGCGUACCUAAGCUUUCAGCCUUUCCCCGACCCGACCAGGAAUGGACUGUUGGAGGCCUAUGGUCUACCCUAUGGUUAUGCUCACUAUCCGUACCCAAUAAACACCCCACUCCCCCUCAACCCCUCCACACUGGAAGGCCGAUACCAUUGGCCCCCAACCUCCCCCUUCCAUCAUCUUCAUGGGUUGUCCUCCAGCCCUACCCAAUCUGAGUUCUCUCUGUUAAGUAUGCGCAGUCCCCUGCUUCCAGGCGAGCCUGUGACACAACUGGCAUCACGGAUCCACUGGGAACAGUUACAGAGGAACUACUACAACCCCUUGUCUAGUCGCAGGUUUAGUCCCGCCAGCCUGCCAGGUCUUCCUUUAGGUGCUAGUCCAUUGAUAGGGGAGUACCCUCCCCCCUCACUCAGUGGGAGGAGUUUGUAUUCUGAUGUACCCCCCACCCCUGGGUCUGGCAGUAUCACCCUGCCUGGCUCCCUAGACAGUUCUCGUUUGACAAGUCCAAGACCUAGCAUUGUUGGAGGAGGGAAGACGAGAAAGAGGGCAUUGUCGCACUCUCCUAUCUCAGACUACCUGGACAUCCAGAGCUUGACCCGCAGCUCCGAGGGCUCCUUACAGCUGGCGCCAUUUCUACAGCACAACUCUCGCAGUUCUAGUGCUGCUAGUGGAUCCUAUGGACAUCUUUCUGCAGCUUCUGUGGGCACUGUGAGCCCGGGCCACCCCAUACUUCCAUCUAAUCCAUACCUGCGGCCUGGAGGGAUGGCGCCAUCAAGUUUCUUUUACCCACCCCUCCAUCCCCUCAUGGGCCGGCAGAGUCAACCCAGUGGCCCCAUGCUGCCCCCUAGUUCUCACCAGUCGCAUCCUGUCCCAAAGUUUGAGUCACAGAUUUCCACAACAACAAAAGAACAUGGUUCGAGCAGUAUUGUCAGCAGUACCAUGGACAAUGCUGGGGACAUGAGGAAAAUUAAAGUCAAAAAAGAGACAGAACAUGUUCAUAUAGCAUCCAUGGAGCCUGAUGAUGAUGAUGAUAAUUUUGGAGACAGGGGUCACAUUCCACAAGAAGGAGAACCAGACUUCAUUGAGACCAACUGUCAUUGGAUCGACUGUAACAGAGAGUUUGAGACGCAAGAUGAGCUCGUCAAGCAUCUGAAUCAAGAUCACAUCCAAUCCAAUAAAAAGUCCUUUGUGUGUAGGUGGCAGGAGUGUAGCCGAGAAGAGAAACCAUUCAAAGCCCAGUAUAUGUUAGUGGUGCACAUGAGGCGCCACACGGGGGAGAAACCACAUCGAUGCACUUUUGAAGGAUGCACCAAAGCCUACAGCAGGCUAGAGAACCUGAAGACCCAUCUACGCUCCCACACAGGGGAGAAGCCAUACAUGUGUGAGUUCCCUGGAUGUACUAAAGCCUUCAGCAAUGCCUCAGACAGAGCCAAGCAUCAAAACAGGACCCACUCCAAUGCUAAACCUUAUGUUUGCAAAGCUAUUGGAUGCACAAAAAGAUACACAGAUCCAAGUUCUUUACGCAAACAUGUUAAAACUGUACAUGGGGCGGAUUUUUACGCAAACAAAAAGCACAAAGGAGAUGGCAGUUGUCAUGUGAAGAAAGAAGAUCCAGAUGGGGAUAAUGACACUUGUGAUGCCAGUAGAAGGGGUGAGGAAGGUCUUGCUGUCACAGGAUCAUUAGGUCACACUUCAGGUGAAAACAGACAAUCUCAGGACAAUAUCGGCUCCGCUCCGUCCUCCCACUCACAGCCCUCACCAGACAGCAGUCCAGAGGUCAAUGUGACAUGUGGGCUAGGACCUGGCCACGACAUAGAAGUCCACAACGGAGUGGGAAAUUCUAUAGGAAUUAGCAUCGAAGAAGAGGAUGUUGACAUUCCGGAAUCCAAUGAAGCUGAGAUCCCUGGUUCCAGUGCCCUCUUAACCAGAAGAAACCAGAUAAAUGCUAACCAUGUGAUGCAGAACCGCCUGAAAGGUCGUAUUAAUUCCAAGACAGGAUCCAUUUCCCCUCUACCUCAUAUACCUGUUGGACCUCAGCAUAAUGGUGGCGGUCUAACCCAGAUAUCAAUAACAGAAAUACCAAGAGGACCCCAGCCAAAGGGCAGCCCUCAGCAUAAAAGGAUCGCUGACAUCGUAGGGGGAGAUCAUCAGGGAACAUGGCGGGACAAUGGGAACACCUUACUUCCAGCCAGCAGACGAGAAAGUAACAGCAGUACUCUGAGCUCAUACAUGAGCAGCAUGAGAUCCAUGGGAAGCACUUUCUCAUCUAGGAGGUCAAGUGGUGCGUCUCAGUUUUCUUCAAGAAGAUCCAGCGGAGUAUCAGCCAGACUCAGUAUUGCAAACUCCCCGUACGAAUACGACAUCACGGGGAAUCUGCCGAAUUCGGUUUCUCGCAGAUCCAGUGGGGAAAGCUCCACAAAUAUUGGAAGUGUGUCGGCUCUGAUGCAAAAAACAAACCUUGGCAGCCAGUCCAACUUAGUUGUCCCCCCUAUACCAGGGGCAAUGACCAAUACAAACAAUGGGAAUGUUAACGGAAUGGGAAAUCCAAUCGGCUUCGGCAACAUUGUAGGAAAUAAAUAUUGUAAUGAAAGACUUGCUAGAUAUUUCACAGCAAGACGAGAAAUGGACGGUGUGCGCACCAGCACACCGUGCCACACACCAUUACCUCAUGAAAUCCCAGACAGAGAAAUCCGUCGUGCCAGUGACCCGGUCAGAACGCAGGACCCAAGCUUCACCUCCCUCAAGAGCCUGCAGAGAUUCCACAGCCUGAACGCCAUGAAGCCCCUGCCCACACCCACCAGCAUGCGCAGCCUGCAGACCAAGUCUGAGAACAACAACAUGGGUGGCUCCAACAACACUUUCCAUUCAUCCCGCAGCAGUAUUGCCACUGAACAAGGCGCUAACGAUGAAGGGGUGAAGAUCAAAUUGACCGACGCAGAGCUGGAGGAUAAAAUGUUGGAAGACAGCGAGGAUAUGAUUAUACCCGAUGACAUGCGGCAGUUUUUGAAUGAGCAUUGUAGGGGAGAUAAUAACGGCCGUCUGCCAGGGGAAGGUAACCCAGAUCACGCUGGAGCUCUUCAGGAAAUUGAUGAACUGGAUUUGAACUUUGACCCGUGUGACCUUGAAGGGGAUGGGAACUCUAUGUUUACUGUUCCUUGUCCCCCGAAUGCAGUGAAUAAUUCUGGUUUUCCCGGGGAGAAUGGCCGAGGGGGGAUGAAUAUGUUGGCAGGCAACCUGCAGCUGCAGACAGGGUUCGCUGACCUCACAGGUGGUGUGUCCCCUGGCGGGGCGUACGAUCAGUUCAACGUAAGUCCAUCUCAACCCAACUACCCUGGAUCUCACCUGAGUCCUAACGGCCAAUGGCCGAUGCAGAACUCUGAGGUCUGCGCUGGCAACAUGCCCAACAGACCAGGUGUGUCCAGGUGCACGUACCCAGUCCCACCAGCAGGCGGAAAUGUGCAGCAGCAUCCUAAACAUCCACCACCACAUCAUCCACAUUGUCAUCCACAAGGCUCGAACUCUAAUGAUCCGUGUGCUCAAAGGCUGCGCCCGGAGAUCAACGGCAAUGUUUGUACUGCAGGGAAUACGUGUACAGCUGAGAUGGUGGGUAAAAACUGUGCAGGGCAUGGGACAAUGCCUGGCUGUGGAAUGGGUGCUAAUAAUAAUAAUAAUCAUCCGUGCUCGGCAGUACCCAAUCCAGAAAUGGGAGGAGGUAGAACAUGGGAGGUGAACGGCGGCGCGUACCUGUCUCAGCAGAACCUCAUGCAGCACCAGCUCCAGCAGCAGUUCCAGCACCAGCGCCAACAACAGGCAGCAGCGUUUGACGCAGCGUCUCCCGCCAUGAUGCCGCACCCCCCGUCGCACAUGCAGAACUUCCACCACUAUCAGUAUCAAAACCAAGGCAUGAUGCUGCCCCCUCACCCCGUGGGUGGGUUCAGUCCGCUCCCUCCCCCGGGUGAAAAACCAGCCAAUCACAGGUCUAAAAGAGCUAGUCCACAAGUUCAGGUUCCUCAUAUCAGUCAGUCACAGAUCCCUGCGAAUGCCAAGGCAGCCAGCCGCAAUCAACCUUUAGUAAAGCCCCCCAUGGUGCCAAACCGCAGCCCCCUUGUCAGCCCCUUCCCCCAGCCCAACCACCCACAGAUGCCAGAAGGCUACCCAGGUAAAAUGUACGCCAACCAGAACAUGGUCCCAUACCCACCAUCUCUUCCCCACCCCCAGCAAUGUCCUUACCCCACAUCCCCUUACCCCCCACACCCGCCUAACCACAACAUGCCCGCCCCUCCCAUCCACCCAUCCCACAUGCACAACCACUACCCCAAUAUCAACCCGCCAUCCAACCACAUUCACAGCCACAUGUGUCCACCACAGAACGCCAACCACCUUCAUCCAAUGCAAAACCUACCUCAGCAUCAGCAGCCAGUUAUGGCCAACCACGUCCCAUGCCCUGGUCAGGUCUUGCCCCCGUACGGACGUAACAACCCCUACAACCCUAUGGAAAUGUCCCCCGGUUGCAACCAAGUCACCAGCUCCACAGACCGUAAAGAAACAACCCACCCAAUCGAGGACUUCAUGGACAACCUCACCUCUAUAUCCACAGAAAAUUUAAUGGAUAAUAUCCACUCAAUAUCCCAGGAAAAUAUAGCAUACAGCCCAACUCCGGUAUCCAUGAGAUCAGUAUCCCAGAACUCCGGGCGCUACAACGCCCUAAUGAACACAUCCAACAUGGUUGUUAAUGACAUGAGCUCCGUGCUGACCCAACUUGCUGAAGAAAACAAAUAUCUAAACAUGAGGCCUUAGCGAUGCUGUAUUUACCCAAGCCCAUUAAUAUAAUAUUCUUGCAGGGAUUUCAAUAAUUUAAAAUCCUUUGGAUAUUUUUUACUUGUUUCCAAACUACAAGAUUUUAACAUUGAGUGGACUGACAUUUUCAAAGUAACGAGGAUUAUUUUGCAACUAAUGGAAUCUACAUAUGAGGAUUAUUUUGCAACGAAUGGAAUCUACAUAUGAGGAUUAUUUUGCAACUAAUGGAAUCUACAUAUGAGGAUUUUUUUGCAACUAAUGGAAUCUACAUAUGAGGAUUAUUUUGCAACUAAUGGAAUCUACAUAUAGCUAAUGUAUAUCCAACUAUCUUGUAUGUUCUAAAGAUAUGUUUUUUAAAAUAAUUUGUGUGUUCUAGAAUCUCCUAUGUUAAAGCACACAAUAAUGAUACAACUUUGUUCUCUUGAAUUUCCGAUUUGAAGUUGAUGUUUCUUAAAAUCAUUUGGCAAGAAAGAUUUUCUUUUAGUUAGUGAUACUUUGUUGUUAAACAUUUUUGUGUUCACAUUUUUGCCAUGCUGACUUCAAUAUGUGUACAUACAUAUACAUAUAUACAUAGUUGUUAAAAUAAUUUUGGCGUAGAAUCUUGUUAUAUCAACAUAAAAUAAUAGAAACUAUCACUGGCUUAGUGCCCUUAUUGUUGUUUUAAUUAGUUAUAGUGUGAUUUUAUAUCAGCUUAUGCAAUCACAGUUUCAGCACUGCUGUGUGUGUCCAAUUUUUUUGUUCUAGAUUGUAUAUAGCUAAAAGGCAGCAUUUGACAACAGGAAUAUAGGAGGAUCCAUGCUAUACAAAUACAUGGUUACAUAUUUCUUUAUAUUUUGGUACAUAAUGAAACAAUUUUCAUCAUCUUUUAGAUCUGUCUGUGUGUUACUCUCACAACUUUUCACCCUAUGCAUUCUAGAAAAAUAAUUAUUUUCAUCCCUCCCCGUAAAAUACAGCGCAUUAUGGUAAAUUAAUUACUUGCCUUAUUUUUUAUUCCACCUUCUGGCAAUCUAGCAGUGUCUUAUUACAGUGUAUCAUUUUCUUUCACUAACACAGUGCAUAGUGAUUUUAAUUGUAAAAUUAAAUUAAAAAUUGAUCUUAUUUAUGAUUAAUUAAUUGCUUUUGGCUUACUCAUCUAAAAAUAUUUCUUUAUAUUGAAUUAAUUCUUAUGCAAAAGCAUAAACAUUCUGUCAGUGAAUAUAAGACACAUAUUUGAAUUAGCAUAAUUAUGUACAAACAUAAGAUAAAACAAACAAUAUUGUUCUAUUUUUAACUGUCAGAUCACAUGAUAUUAUUAUGUUUUGAUAACAUGUGCAUUUGUUGGUACUCUUGUUAAUGAGCCUUUCUUAACUUGUUUUUCUUUUUACAAAACAUCUGUUUAUUUUUCUAUGGAAUCUUUGAAUGUGUGUUGUCAUUUCUAAACUUUAUUGUGAUUUUAAAAGACUACUUGUAAAAGUACUGAGUGUCCAGCUAACUCCUGUUGCAAAUGUUACAGGCUUAUGCCCCUUUAGGUGCCAUUUUUGUCUUGGUUGAAGUCAGAAUCUUGUUACUUGAAUUGGUGAUAUUAGGAGUGUGAAGAAUUUCAUCUUUCUGCUUCUUGUGAUCAAACCUGUGUCACCUUUACUGCAUGCUUUUAAAAAAAAAUUAUUUCUAUAUUUUAAUCUGUAAUAGAUUUUUUUUUUACACUUAGCUCACAUUUAAAAAAUCUUAUGGUUCAUUUUUUUAAUCAGCUUUAUCAAAUCUUUAUAAUUAAAGUUUUCUUCUUUGUGUAUAUCUAUUCUAUAACAAGCAAAAAGGAUAAUUCUGUUUCUAACUGUAAUGUCUGUGUGUGAAAUUUAACAUUGAAUUAGGUAUGAUUGGUAAACUUUAAAAAAACACAUCUAUGCACUGUAUGUUGCAGCACAAUGUUCUAUUUUUUUUUAAAAUAUGUUUGGCUACAUCUUCAUGGUAGAUACCAUUUCAUUUUUUAUCUUUAUCUCCCUUAAUCAUUAUUAUGCAACAACAUAUUUGUUUCUAUACUUAUUUAGAAUAUUCUUAUAAAUUGCCUCAUCCAACAUGUGUUAGUAUUUAAAAAUUUGUGAAAAAAGCUUUGUUGUACUAUAAAGGACAUUGUUUAAGGCAGUAAAAUUUAACUUUUGUGUAGCAUCCUAACUGAUGAAAUGCUGGUAGGUUUUUUUUGUUUUCUCUAAAGUGUAGCUGUUUAAAAACAGACAGUUUUAUACACCACAUGUCUUGAUAAUGUUGCAGAUAGUUCACCUUGUAAGAAAUAUUUUACGAAGUACAGUAUUUAUUUCCACAGUUACUAACUCUCCUUUGGUAUGAGCUGGAUAUUCCAAAUUUAAAACUGCAAUCCAAUCACGAACUAUUUUAUGUGUCCUGGUAAAAAAAAACAUGCAGUUAAAAUCUUUAAAAAUUUAUGUCGUCCCACUCGAAAUCUUCAUCUUGCUUAAAUAUCUCAUUUAUCUAAAAGAAGAUGCAAUAUUUUUAAUUAGUCUUCAUGGCAUUACAAUUUCAAAUGCCAAUUGUUUUUUUUUUUGGAAGAGAAAAAUAGCCUAACAAGUCUAUCAUUAAAUGGGACAUGAUUAAAUCGAGAAAAUUUGCAUGUUUUCUAUCAGAUGAAAUCUUUUUUAAUUUUAAUCUAUUUGCUGUACAAAUAAAAAAGAAAAAUACAGUAUGCAUGGGCAUUAUGUUAUUAAUAGGGUAUAAAUUAGAUUAUGGAAUCAAUAGCAAAAGCAUUUUUUGUUAGUUUUUUCAGACUACUCUAUUGAGCUUUAUUCUACAAAAGCAUAUAUUACAAAGUUUACUGGGGGUUUUUUAUUUCUCUGUUUUUCUUUUUUUUUUUUUUGCACAAAAUAGAAAGGUUGGGGGGAGUAAAACAAGCGGUGGAUGUGAUGUGAUUUACUGUUGAUGAAUCUACAGCAUUAAACAAGUUUUUUGCUUAGUGAAUAUUUCAGUGUUUUGUUGAUCUCAUAUCUAAGAUAAAUCCUAAACUCUGAUCAGAAUAUUAAAGUAUCCUGUGGGAGAAAAGCAAGAUUUUAAUCCCUCAUUAAAACAUCUCAUACAUACAACAGUUAACAUAAUAUAAUUUUAAUUGUAAUACCUUUUGGGAAGAUGAGGAAAAGAAACAAUUUUAUUAAACUAAACUUUAAUUUAAAAUUAGAUCAUUAAAAGCCAAUUCUUUAUGCGUAGGCUUAGCAAUUUUAAAAAUUACAAUAAAUGUGCAACAUUAUACUCUAAAUAAAUUUAGUAACUUUUGUUCAUCGUCAUUUAUCUUUCAUAAUACUUUUAAUUGUUCUAUUUAAUGUUUUACUACUAGUUUUUAUUCUUUAUUUUAAUGUUAUUUUAUUUAUUUUAAAGUUCUUAAAAAAAGCAAAAUCAAAUUUUACAUUUUGUUACAGUUAGUUACACGAGAAAGGCUAAUAAGCUUACAAAAGUAAGUAAGUCACACAAAAGUAAGUCACAUACUACAACGGGAAAUCCAAAUAAUAAGUUAUUUCCUGUCUCUACAGUGUGAGUUUUUAUUUGUAAAGAAAACAUAUCCAAGAAAAUAAUUUGUUUCUUAAUGGAAGUGACUUAAGAAAUUCAGCUAAAGUUAACAUUUUAAAAUGUCAGCAUAAUCUUGUUCACCAAUCAAAAAUCUUUUUUGCUCAACUCAUGCAUAAUAUAGCUCUCAUCUGAAACUAACCUUUGAGAAACAGUUAUUCUUUUUCACCUAUUAUCUUUUUUUUUGUUGUAGAAGUUUUUUCAGCAGCUGUUGAUAUUUUUUUUCACUUGCAUAAUAAUAUGUAGCAUAAUUGAUCUGUUUAUUUACAAUUAAUUCUAAUUUUAACUUUUCACUGUACAUUAUGUGUAAUAGAUCUGUUUCCCAAGUACGUUAUUCAGCCAUUUUGUGCAUUAAAGAAAAUAUUGCAAUCAUUUACUUGGAUCUCUUAACAUUGCUUACUUUUGAGUAACACCUCUGUUCAUGUUUUUAUUUACCAUAUUUUUUUACACGUUGCUUCUAGUGCCUUUAAUAAAAAUAAUUUUGGUUCAUUAUUUUAUUUAAUCACCUAUCCAAUCAUAACUGAGUAUAUAAACAUGUGACACGAUUGCUGUUUGGCAUAAAUGAAUAGUUAUAAUCAUAUCAGUAAGUCACGGGUAUAAAAUAUUAGUUUUGUUUUUUUUAAACAUGCAUAUCCAUUUUGGAAAACUAAUUUCUGCUUAUUCUUUUUUUCAGUUUUUUUAAUCUCUUUUUUAAAAAAAUUAGAGUUCAUGUUGCUAAUUUCAACUAGCUUUGUAAAUUCUGUUCAUAGAAUAUUUUUGUGUUUAUUUUUCAAAAUGUGUUUUAUUUUAUUUCUGUGUACAUAUGUUUUGGAAAAAUGGAAUGGAUAAUUCUUUGUGGAUAGUUUGCUACUCCCCCCC